AUGAAAAUAGGAGAAGAACGGCUGGAGGAGAAGAUGAAAAAAAAAAAGAGGAAAAAUGACCCGACUCGUCUUUUAUGUGGGCGAAUAUGUGGUGUGGCGCGCACAAUAACGUAUUGUUUACCAUCGUCCUCUGACAGAUACAUUAUUCAACGUUUCCCGGUUACUGCUGUGGCCGCUGCCGCCUCCCCAAAAGCUUCCUUUUACAACUCUUUUAUAUCACUUUAUGUACAUACAGACCAACCCCACCCCGCCAACAUACCGACCCUCUUGAUCCCAGCUCUUCAUCCUAUUCGGUGCCUAUAA